AUGGAACAGGAGCUUUACACCUCCUCCGCCUCCUGCUGGUACCCUGCCGCGGAACCAGCCGCGUCGCCCACCUUCGACUCCGGCGCGACGGACGGCGGCGUGCUACUGCAGCUCGAAGCCUUCCUCCUCGACGGCAUAGACGCCGAGCCAGCCGAGGUGUGCUCCGACUGGUUCUCUCCCUCGUCGUCCUCCACGGCCUCUAAUUCCUCGGAGGUGGGAGCGGCAAUGGGAUCAUCCGCGACCAUUGGCGAUUCUCAGCAUUGGAUGCCGGGUACGGAUGACACCGACGACAUGCUGCUGCAGCUCGACGCCUUCCUCCUUGGCACCGACGCCGACGCCGCGGAGGAGUGCUCCGACUGGCUCUCUCCCUCGUCCCCGUCCUCCUCUGAGGCGGCCACGGUAUCGCGGAGCACGCCGGGACAGCACCAGCUGCCGAACGCGGACGCCUCGCCGGGCGAGAAGCGGCAGGCCUUCAUCGGCGUGCGCAAGCGGCCGUGGGGCAAGUUCGCCGCCGAGAUCCGGGACUCCACGCGGAAGGGCGCCCGCGUGUGGAUCGGCACGUUCGACACCCCCGAGGCCGCCGCGCUCGCCUACGACCAGGCCGCCUUCUCCGCGCGCGGCGCCGGCGCCGUCCUCAACUUCCCCGUCGAGCGCGUGCGGGAGUCGCUGGGCGCGCUCGCGCUCCCCGGCGCGGGCGCGGGCUGCGGCGGUUCCCCCGUCCUCGCGCUGAAGCGGCGGCACUCCAAGCGCACGCGCAGGCGCAAGCUCUCACCAACCACCGACAACAGCAAGAAUGCAAUGGCACAGCAGCCGCUGGCGCAUCAGAGCUCUGAUGUGUCCGGUAUGGCUGCGGCCGUGCCGCUGCAGCAGACGACGACGCCGCCCACGACCAGCGCCAGUCAGUGCCAAUGCGGCACUGUGGAGCUUGAUGACCUCGACGACGAAUACUUGGAGGAGCUCCUCCUGGUAGUAUCGUCCGAGUUGGGAGAGUACUAG